AUGGCAUACCCACCCUUACCCUCAUCGCAAUAUCUACGUACGCCGACGGGCUCGUCGGCCUCGGACUCGGCGUCCAGCGUUGACCCUCUCACGCCCAAUUCGACCGCCACCACUCGCUCGCGCACAUCACCUCCUGAUGUCGAGGAACGUGACGAACUAGACCCCGACGUUCCAGAGCGUGCCGCUCCUUGUAAGGAGGGACCGCUGGACGAGGGCAUCAGAUGCAAGUGGAAGGACUGCACGUACUCGGCUCCAGGUCCAGAGGACCUGUACACGCACCUGUGCGAGAAGCACAUUGGCCGCAAAUCGACCAACAACCUCUGCCUGACCUGUGCAUGGGAAGGCUGUGGUGUCAAGUGUGUCAAGCGUGAUCACAUCACGUCCCACCUGCGUGUCCACACGCCUCUCAAGCCCCAUCCGUGCCAGGUUUGUGGCAAGACAUUCAAGCGUCCCCAGGACCUCAAGAAGCACGAGCGUAUUCACACCCAGGAACACCACCAGCUGCACAAGUUGUCCAAGGCCACCACCUCGAAUGAUCCCGACUUCAACGCGCGUUACCCUAUGGCACGUGAUGACCGCCGCAUGUCGAAUGGCAGCGGCCUUCCUCACCAGCGCUCGCCAGCGUUUUCGCUCUCGCCCUCAUCGUCAGCUCACGACCCGCACUCGCCCAAAGAAUACCUCGGCGUCCCACCCUCGGCCUCUCACGGCUACGGUGCACCGUCGCCGCUGGUCAUCGCCGCCCUCCAUAGGAAGCAGCACGAGGAGCUCGCCGCCUACCAGCAGCGUGAGCUCAUUGCUCUCCAGCAGCUCGCGUACCAGCAGCAGCAGUCGUCGGCGCUUGCUGUCCAGCUCCAGUCGGAGGCCCUCGGCAAGGGUGUCAAGCGCGGCAACGAGGAGUCGUUUGACAUCUUUAUCGAGGACAUGAAGCGCCGCAAGAUGGACCCCGUCUACGACGUCGAAAUGAUCUCGCGCCUCAACACGCUUAUGCCUCCCCGCCUUCCUACCGCGUACAACAUGCCGUCGCUUGGCGGCAACCCCGGCCUGCCGAGCAACAUCUCCCCCUUCUCAUACCCGUCGCUCCCGAACAUCGGCCACGGUCACAACGGUCAGACUCCUUCAGUCCCACCUAUCCAGAUCCCCGAGAUCCGUACCGAGCAGGACCUCACCAUGUUCAAUCAGUUCAUGGUCUCGCUCGGUCGUGAGACCGCCGCCGGCAUGCCCAGCCUCGACUCAGGCUCGAGUACCUCGUCGUCGCGCAACUCGCUCUCGCCGCUCUCAGUGGCGGAGAACUCGCCCAUCGAGGAUCUCUUCAACCCUUCUGAGCUUGCAUCGCUCGGCCUCGCCGGCAUGCCGGGUAUCCCUACGUCGACGCCCUCGCCCAACGGCUCGGUGUCGCUCGGCUCGCUCUACCCCUCACUCGACGGGAUGGACAACGGUCGUCCGCGUGCAGGCUCAGUCAACGAGCUCGAGCACACGCGCCGCCCCAUCGCCGGCCUCCCCCGAUCAGGCAGCCACUCGGCUGCCUCGAAGAUGGGUCACGGCCAGCUCUACGGCGGCGUCUCGGCCUCGCAGUACCCCCAGAUCCCCGAGUGGAACGUCUCGCCCGCCAACGGCGAGGGUCAGAGCUAUGCCUCGUUUGACUCGCUCGGUUCGCGCUCGCGCUCGUCCGUGCCCGCCGCGACCCUCGCCCCUCGCGACUUCUACAAGCGGACUUUCCGGCACAUUGCACCUCUUGGUGCUGCGCCCCACACCGAAAGCAGCGAACGCUCGACCGUCGCCGACGACGAGGACUCUGCGUCCGACACGUCGUCGGACGACACCAUCAGCCCAAGAAUACCGAUCGGCGCCCUGUGCUCGGGCCACCCCAGCCUCAAGCUCCCCGCGAUCGGCAACCACGACGGCGACAGCUCACCGCUCCCGUCACUCCGUUCGCUGCGCCGCGGCAUCUCCCCCGCCCGCAACCCUCCUGUCAAGCGGCACACGGACGACACGCUCGUGCACGGUGUCAAGCGCCUCGAGCUCGAGGACCGCACGCGCUCCGACUCGCCCCUCUCGCUCGAGGACGACAGCCGCUCGUCGACUGCCAACCCAGAGGACAUGCGCCGCCGCCACGCGGCCCUCAUCCGCGCUUGGCUCCUCGCUGUCAACCUCGAGUUCAAGCGUCGCCAAGUCGCGGAAAUGUCCCGCGUCGACCGUGACCGCGAGCGCUCCCCGACGCCCGUGGCGCCCAUGGUCAUCGCCUAG